AUGUACCGUCUAAAAAGUAUACUUUUAUUUAUUGAUAAAAUUCAAUACAAAAAUCAUAUUUAUUGUAGUAAUUCUAAACAUGCAAUUAAUUCAAAUAUAACAUAUAGUCCUGAUGAACCAGAUUUACUUGAAUGUUUAUUAAUGGAUUACAAUGAUAAUGAUUUAAUUAAUCGUCUUCUUGGUUGUGCAUAUGGGCAAGCUUUAGGUGAUGCUUAUGGUCUAUCGACUGAAUUUGAAAAACGCACAACAGUUGCAAGUAAUUAUCCAGAUCGUUCAAAAAUUAUUCCUUUUCCAGAUUAUAAAUUAACUGGACAUUCUAGUCGAUGGAAGCGUGGCGACUGGACUGAUGAUACAGAUCAAUGGAUAUUAAUUUUAGAGACAUUAAUCGGAAGAAAUGGUGAUGAGAGAAUAUUUGUUAAGAAAUUAAAGAGAUGGAUUGAGUAUGGUUUUUCAGAAUUGAAUGAUUCUGCAGGAAUGGGAUUAGGCGCUAAUAUAGAACAAGUUGUUUUCAGUCAUGGAUAUCUUCGUAAUCCAAUUGAGACUAGUAGAAUGAUAUGGGAACGUGGAAAUCGACAAGCAGCACCGAAUGGAGCUGUUAUGCGUUGUUCAGCCGUAGCAUUUGUUCACUUCAAUGAUUUAGAAAAAGUUAAAUCAACAACAACAUCAAUGUGUAAAACGACUCAUUUUGAUCCUCGUUGUAUUGCUUCAUGUUUAGCUGUAUGUUUAGUUAUUGCUUAUCUUUUAAGAAAGAAAAUGAAUGAUGAUAAUAAUAUUGAAGUACUUAUUACAAGUAUUCAAAAUGAAACAAUUCAGAUACUUGGAGACAGUUUUUCUCAAGAACAAUGUGAAUCAUUUUUAUGGCAUACAGACCGAGCACGUACAUUAGAAGAACUAAAGCUUGAUGAUCCACGAUCUAUUGGUUAUACAUAUAAAUGUUUAGCAUCGGGAUUUUAUGGUUUAAGAUCGACACGUUCAUUUCAAGAGACAUUAAAUGAUCUGAUUCGAUAUGGUGGUGAUGCAGAUACUAAUGGAGCUGUAUGUGGAACGAUGUAUGGAGCAAGAUAUGGUUAUAAAGCAUUACCUAGUGAAUGGUUAAGAGCAUUGCCAUAUAAAAAAUGGUUCGAUAAAAAAUUAAUUCAAUGUUUCGGACAAAUGAAUUUAAUUGAUAGAAAAUUUAUACAUACAAAAUUUUGA